UCCGGGGAGAAUAUCGAUCAGGAGAAUAUGGAACAACGCCACGAAAUAAGUUCGGUGCUGCAGCGCGAAGCGACAAUGAGGAGUGCGGAGGAGGAGAGGAAUUCAGUUGAGGAUAUUCACGCACAGAUGGCGCCACACGUCCGGUUUGAAGUUGUAGUUAUUGUCACUAGAUGGUGCCACUUGCGGCGUCGCGUUCGCCUCCUGGUGGCGACGUGGAAAACUAACCCCGAGGAAAAACAAAAAUGGCCGACACUGCGGAAAGGAUCGACGUGUUUUCAUCGCCACACCGUGCUACGAGCAUAAGGUGACAUUCGGCGUGCCCAAAUCAACCUCGCGCGAUUGAAUAUCCCACGUUUUAAGUGAUCAAUAACGCGCCGAUAUGUCAAGUGGUGACGCGGCGCCGCAGAAAGUAGCAGACGACAACGACCGUCGUCUGCGCGUCCUCGAGCUCUACAGCGGCAUCGGAGGCAUGCACUUCGCCUGCCCGCGGGACAAAACGCGCGUCGUUGCCGCCGUGGACGUCAACACGACCGCCAACGCCACGUACGCCUUCAACUUCCCCGAAACACGACUCCUCCAGCGGAACGUUCAGUCGCUCACCGCUCGCGAACUCGACGCCCUGCGACCCGACGUCCUCACCAUGAGUCCGCCGUGCCAGCCGUUCACCCGCCAGGGACUGCAACUCGACUCCCAAGACCCGAGGUCUGCCUCUUUCCUAAGCCUACUCCGCGUCCUCCCCACCUUAAAGCACCCCCCGACUUACAUCCUGCUCGAGAACGUCAAGGGCUUUGAAACGUCGUCCACCUGCGACGCAUUUCUCGACGUGCUACGAGAUGGCGGCUACCACGCACACCGCUACCUCCUCACCCCGACGCAGUUCGGAGUCCCAAACUCGCGACUACGUUUCUACUGCCUCGCUAAACUCAACCCGCUUCGAUUUAGCGACUGCCCCACCGCGUGCGACGCCGAAUGCAACCAGGAACCUCCACCAAACGUGACAAGGUGCGACAGGCCGAGGGAGCUCUACGACUUCCUAGAACAAACCGACGAAGACAGUUGUUCAGACUAUCUCCUACCGGACAGGGUAUUGUCUAGGUUUGCGUACAUCCUCGACAUCGCUGACGCGACGUGCACCAAUACGUGCUGCUUCACGAAGGGCUAUGGACACUACGUGGAGGGCACCGGAUCUGUGCUGCUACAAGCGUCCAGGGACCUCAUGCAUGAGGUAUAUCGUCACGUGCAACCCAGGACAGUCGUCCAAGACGACGUUCUGGAGUUGUUGCGGACUCUGAGGCUGCGCUACUUCACGCCUGUCGAAGUGGCCCGGCUAAUGUGCUUCCCCGACGACUUUCAGUUUCCUCCUGAACUCAAGGCGAGGCACCGAUAUCAGCUGCUCGGAAACAGCGUCAAUGUUUCUGUUGUGGGGAGCCUCGUACGACAUCUGCUGGACGACGUCAGGGACUAAGGAAUGCCACACUACGGUACCUGCUGUUAUCGAGUUGCUCAAGAGCUCGUUGAGACAAUACGUGGCUUGCAUCGAUGUCACAUCAGAUGCUCGAAAACGUCAAUGUUUGUGUCGUGCAAUUUACAGCCAAUUAAAAGCGGCUGUAAAUACUUGUA